CUCAACUCACCUUGAUCAUAAACCCUCAAGACCAGAAGCCAUACUUCCCCUUCGUAUCAUAGACCAGAAUCUGCGAAGACCCCAACCACCAUGGCAAUCUGCAUCACGUUCGGAACGCAUGAGUUCACGUCCAUGCUGCAAGGCUACGAGAAUGUCAGGGCUUACUGCUAUAACUGCCAACACUACAAUGGACAUUGUAUUACGCGAUGGCCCUGGUUUACCGUCUGCUUCAUUCCCAUGAUCCCGCUAGCAACACACAAGUACAAGGAAGUCACAUGUUACACAUGUCGCUUCACCCAAGACCUACGGUACGUGGUUCCCUAAUCAGAAUAGUAAAAGAAAACACUCUGUCCGAUCAGAACAACUGACAACAGAUAAGUGAUCGCCCCGAUAUCACGCCAGAGACUAGGCCUCCGGUAGGUGCGCCGGCUGGCCCAGCACCACCUCCACAGGCCUACUGGGGUCCUCCUCCUCAAGCCUCCGGGGGAGGCGGAUAUCCCCAGCCUCAGGCCGGGGCACCGCCGCAGAAUCCUCAGUAUAAGUGAUUCUGUGCUGGUGUUGACCUUGAUUUUCUUAUUUUUAUUAUGUCGAGGGUUUUAGGGGAUGGGGGUUUGGUCUGGUCGAGAAGCGAUGUUAAUGAUGUGUAUAUUCUGUUGUUGUACGAUACCUUUGCUUCUAUUUUAUCUACUUGCUUUUUUUUAUUUUAAUUAAUGAGGGUUGUAUUCCAUGA